AUGAGUAACUGCUAUGUGGAUAAAAUAUUUAAAACAAUUCUUAAGGUCACUGGUAUUUUUCGAAUUGGUUGUCACGGACGCGGUAACAGGUUCGACGUUUUCACAAAUAAAGAGUGUUUUUUCCUCAAUUCAAAAUUGAUGUCAAACAACGAAAACAUACCUCGAAUAGAUCUAGAAAACUUUGAAGAUCCCCAGUUUACAGACUCUAAGUAUGUCCUAACCAGUCCGAGAUCACUAGAAGCUUGUUCACGUUUAAAGAUACUCCCUGUGGAUCUUUUGCACAAAAGUAGAGCUGAGUUCCUUGAACGUUUUAAAAAACUUCCACCAAGCAAAAUUGAGGAAUUGUACAUAAGAAGUGAAGAAAAGAGAAGAGCUUGUGAAAGCUAG